AUGGUGCCGCCGCCACCCACCAACAAGCCGCACGUGUGCCUGUCCACCAUCCUGAUCAUGAGCAGCAUGGCGCUGAUGGACGCCUACCUGGUGGAGCAGAACCACGGCCCGCGCAAGAUCGGCAUCUGCAUCAUGGUCACCGUGGGCGACCUGUGCUUCCUGAUCGUGCUGCGCUACGUGGCCGUGUGGGUCGGCGCGGAGGUGCGCACGGCCAAGCGCGGCUACGCCAUGAUCCUCUGGUUCCUCUACAUCUUCGUGCUGGAGAUCAAGGUCUACUUCAUCUACCAGGCCUACAAGGCGGACCGCAAGAGCCUGGACGCGCUGGCCCGCAAGGCCCUGACGCUCAUCCUCUCGGUCUGCAUACCGGUGCUGUUCGUCAUCCUGGUGGCCAUAGACCACAUGGAGUACGUGCGGGCCUUCAAGAAACGCGAGGAGAUACGCAACCGCCUCUUCUGGGUGGUGGUGGACCUCUUGGACGUGCUGGACAUCCAGGCGAACCUGUGGGAGCCCCAGAAGAAAGGGCUGCCGCUGUGGGCCGAGGGGCUCAUGUUCUUCUACUGCUACAUCCUGCUGCUGGUGCUGCCGUGCGUCUCGCUGAGCGAGAUCAGCAUGCAGGGCGUCAACAUAGUGCCGCACAAGAUGAUGCUCUACCCCAUCCUCAGCCUGGUCACCAUCAACGUGGUCACGCUCUUCAUACGCGGCAGCAACAUGCUGCUCUACAAGGACAACCGGGUCUCGGGCAUCCUCAUAGGCAAGAACGUGCUGGCCAUCAUCCUCAAGACGUGCAGCUUCGUGCAGUACCGGCGGCAGCUGCAGAGCGCGCCGCCGGCGUUCGGCAUGGAGCUGCAGAAGAAUGUCCACCAGCACCACCAGGCGGCGGCUAUGCCCAAAGGGCGGCCCGUCGUGCCGGUGACUUCCACACAGGUGCACCACACCUUGCAGGAGCAGACUCCUUUGCCCGAGGUGACCCCGUGCGAGCACACAUGA